AUGCAAGCAGGAAUCAAUUUUGUGGCUACCUCCCACCAUGAUACAUACCCAGAAAUCGACCCUUCCCAUGCAGACUUGAGCGGCAAGAAUGUCCUGAUCUCGGGCGCCAGCAAAGGCAUCGGUAGGGCGACGGCGUUAUCAUUCGCCAAAGCAGGGGCAUCUGGGAUCGUCCUUCUCGCGCGUUCCGAUCUGUCCUCUCUCCAAAGUGAAUUGUUCGAGAAGGCGAAGGCGGCAGGACGUGCACCACCCAAGGUUCUUUGCCUGGCCGUCGACGCCACGGACCGAGCACAGGUCGAGAAGGCCGCACGGGAAGUCGAGUCCCAAUUCGGCAGCAUCGACAUCUUGAUUAACAAUGCUGGUUACCUGGAGAAGUCUCGGCUCAUCGGCGACAGCGACCCCGACGAAUGGUGGUACGUUUACGAAAUCAAUGUCAAAGCGGUCUACCUCAUGACUCGAUCAUUCUUACCGUUGGUUCUGAAGAGCAAGGACAAGACCAUCAUUGUGACGUCGAGUAUCGGGGCGGUCGGUACCAGGGCAGGUUUGUCGGCUUAUCAGAGCACGAAGACGACCGUGUUGCGCCUGAACGACUUUCUCAUGGCUGAGUACGGAAACCAGGGUCUGCUGGCGUACGGCAUUCACCCAGGCGGUGUCAUGACUGAACUGGCGCAAAACAUGCCCAAGGAAACCCAUGUGCUCUUGAACGACAAGCCUGAACUUGCUGGAGACUCGUUUGUGUGGCUGACGAAAGAGCGAAGAGAAUGGCUUGCGGAUCGAUAUAUCAGUGUGAAUUGGGAUGUGAACGAGUUGUUGGCGAAGAAGGACGAGAUUAUUGAGAAGGACCUGCUCAAGAUCAGGUUGCGCGUAGGAUAG